GUUCAUUAAACCGCAGGUCUUGAAUUAGGUCUAAAAAGAUGUUCAUAUUUUAUUUGAACCGUUUCCUGAUUCAGAUCACUCCUAAGAUGGACGGAACGGUGAACGACCCAGAACCCAGAGCUCCUGAAGCGCGCGUUCCGUCCGCUGGAGGUGACGUCAUGACGCAGAGCGUCCGCUAGAUGUCGCGCGAGCUCCACCGACGCGCCUCGCCGCUGGUUUUCCACGCCGCGGAUCCAGCAGGAACAAACUGUACCGCGUCCGAAUCACACGACCGAUAAACCCACGCGCUCCGGUCCUCUCCUCACACCGACGGGCCCGCGCGCGUCUCCUGCACGCGCGCUACGAAGUCGCGUCUGGGUUUUUUCCCAAACGUUUUUUUUUUUCCCCUCAUACGGAACGUUCAUUAUUGGCUCGUCACAUGUCGACGCUUCCCGGUCGCUGCGUCGCGAGCUUAACGCAGAUGUUUUAAAAAAAACACACACACAUCUAGUCAGACAGAACCCUGCGUUCGGUUCUUAAACGCUAAAAGCGCUUCGUGCUCAAACGGGGAGAACGGGAAACCGCAGCGAGAAUAAAGCAACGAGAGCGCGAGGAAACCGGAGAGGAGGGGCGCGUGUGCGCGUGCGUUUCCUCUCCGCCGCAAGAAUCCAGAGAGAGAGAGAGAGAGAGAGAGAGAAGAAAGGAAAAGCAGCAGCUCCACGCCACUCCUUUGUUUUAGGAAAUCGCUCGAAUCGCUCGAAGGACUGGAAUGAUGCAUCGCGUUUCUCUCGCGUUUUCCCGCGACGCCUGUUUUUAAAGGCGAACUUGACGAUUUUGCGUUUAAUUCGCUGGAAGAGCGUUCGAGAUCCGAAACCUUCAGACGCAGUGCGCGUUGCCUUCGCGUUCGCCCUCCAUGCGUUUAGACCCGUUUUUUCCCCCCACCGUUCUGCGUUCCUCGUCUCCGGAUCCUCUGAUCUACCGAAGCGUUCCGAAGCUCGCUGGGGGUUUUUUUCUGCUCGCGGUUCGCGUCCAGGCCCGAGAUACUCGCUACUCUUCAAAGGCCUUUAAUGCGGCAGGCGCGCGUCACACUGUAACGGGUUUGAACGCGUCAGAUGAGCGUCGGUUCUGAUCCAUAAAGCGCCGCUGAUCCUGAGCCAGAACACGUCUCCUGCGCCGCUCGCUCUUCAUACGCAGCGUCUGCGGCCCUCUUCAAUGUUAAUGUCGACCGACGUCGCAUCUGUAAUGCUGCCGGUGAGCCGCGGGAUCCUGGAGCGCGACAGGGAUCUGGACGCGGGUUCGGCGGCGGUCCGGGGGAUGAAGCGCGGGGAUCCGGAGCCGGAGGGAGCCGCGGCGGCGGGGGAUUCGGUCGGGGCGGAAUGCAAGCGAGCGCGGAUGGACGGAACCGGAGAGCUCGGACAGGCUUCCCAGGACACCAUGGGCGCUCCGGAGGGUGUGGUGGCUCCGUUCUCCUCCUUCCCUCCUCCUCCUCCUCCUCCUCCUCAGAACGGCCUGGCGCUGGAGUUCGGGGCCGGCAGUCUUUACCCGGCGGGGGGCCAGACGGAGGCCCCUGCGGGGGUCAGCAGCACCUCCUCCUCCAACCCCAGCGCUCAACUGCCGGACGGAUCUCCUCAGGCCGAGGGUCAGUGUGUGUCCGGCGGCGGCUCCGGCAGCGACGACUCCUCCGAGGCCAAAGGAACCCCGAAACGACUCCAUGUUUCCAACAUCCCCUUCCGCUUCAGAGACCCAGACCUGCGGCAGAUGUUCGGGCAAUUUGGAAAGAUUCUGGAUGUGGAGAUCAUUUUUAAUGAGAGAGGCUCAAAGGGUUUUGGUUUUGUGACGUUUGAGUCCAGUGCAGAUGCAGAGAAAGCUCGAGAGCGUCUUCACGGGACCAUCGUGGAGGGACGGAAGAUCGAGGUCAACAACGCCACGGCUCGAGUGAUGACCAAUAAGAAGCUGGUCAGCCCGUACGCUAACGGAGAAGGCCUGAGCACGCUGCCCUACGCUGGGUGGAAGUUGAGUCCCAUGAUGGGUGCGAUGUACGGACCGGAGCUCUACGCAGUUCCAGGGUUCCCGUAUCCCUCCGCCGCCGCCGCAGCCGCAGCAUCCACCGCCGCCAGCUUCAGAGGGGCCCAUCACCUGCGGGGCCGGGGCCGACCCGUGUACGGAGCUGUGCGAGCCGCGGUGCCUCAGCCCGCCAUACAGGCCUACCCGGGAAUAGUGUUUCAGGACACUCUGGUUAGUAGCAGAAUGCCUCAGAGCGGUUAUACCGCGUACAGUUACACUCAGCCGGCGGCGGUAGCGAGUCCCACAGCGGCGGCGGCGGCGGCAGCAGCGGCGUACAGCGACAGCUACGGUCGUGUGUACGCAGCAGAUCCGUACGCGGCGGCGCUAGCGGCUCCGGCGGCGGCAGCGGCGGCGUAUGGAGUCGGAGCCAUGGCCACUCUCUACAGAGGAGGAUACAGCCGGUUCUCGCCGUAUUAAACGCCUCUAACACACUUCCAGAUCUGCUGUCUCUCUGAUGCUUCACCGACAGCCGCUGACCUCGGAGGGAACGAUCCAAUCACACAUUUGGACAAAAAAAAAACAAACAAAAACAAAAACAAAAAAAAAGCGAAACGCGUCUGUUACGAACGAACUUCGAAUAAGGAAUGCAACUAUAACUCGAUACGUGGAGGAAGGUGGAUUUUUUUUUUGUUGUUGUUUUUGUUUUUUAAAGGAAACACUAAACAGAUCUCUGACUGAAACCGCUCGACUGAGAAGCAAAUCAUUUCUUCCUCCGGCUCGUCUCUCUGCACAUAUGCAUGCAGUAACGGCUCUAGACUGCCUCUAGUGGCCAUUGAACUACAUGUGCACGGAGCGCCAGGACCGCAGUGAACAAAGUCACGUCACCCUUCACCGUCUCACACUACAAUAAUUAUCGAUAUUCUUUAAGAAAUCCAGACGUUCGUCCGGACCGCUCUAGUCUCCGUUUUAAGGAUGGUCUUGAAAUGGUGGAUCCCAUCAGCUCCGUACGGGGAGGACGAUGCUAUUAUCCCAAAUACAGCGAGGUGAUGAGAGACUGUCAUCGUGGUCUUCCUCUCUCUGGAGAGCGACUCGGACAGCUGUUACUGAUCGCACACCAACGGGACGACGUGUCAUAAGAAUCCGUCUUGAUGAAAGCUUUGUGUUCUUUAAACAGUACCUCCGUUCAGGCCGUUUUCAAGAGGCGUACCUUUAAAAUUAAAUAGUCAUUAUAUGCAAGUAAACUAGAAUAGACACAAAAUUUUACCAAACAUUAUUAUUAUUAUUAUUAUUAAUUAUUAUUAUUAUUGUCAUUAGUUUCUCAUGGUUAUGUGUGUUGGCUUUGAAGGGCAGGACGUCAUCUGAACCCACAUUUAAACACAGAAAGACGCCAAACACCGGCUUAAUGACUAUAGCAAGUAUUUAAAUUAUGCUAAGAAAUAUUGACUUUCUUUUCCCGUCAGAUUUUGGGAUCAAAGAGCCCUUCUUGUGGAUCAUCGACAAGCUCUUUUUAGUGUAGUUUUGUAAAAUAUGCAACUUUCAGCCCAAAUUUCAGAAAAGUGGAUUAAGAAAAGAUGUUUGUCGAUUUUUAAAGGAGAAAUGCAUAGUAUUUUUUGUCUUUUCUUGCCGAGUGUGUCCUCUUUCCCUUCAGUAUAUUGGUAUUUUUUUCUUUUUCCAUAAUUUUUUUUUCUUUUUUUUGCAUUUUGGUUCCAAAGAAAAGUCAAGCACAUUCUUGAUUUGUGUAUAAACGUGUUUGUAAUUCUGUUGUUUGGUUUAGUUUGGUUAGAAGUGGCUGCUUGUUGAUUGGAGCGCGAGACGUGGACGCUGUGAAGACACACAUUUCAUCUUUAGUUUUGGUUUCAGGAGAUCAUGAUCCAGGACUGAAAACAUUUAGCCAUUUUAGAGUCUGGAAAGUAAUUUCGCCUCAGUUUUUUUUUCUUCAUUUUCUCUCUGUGGAUGAGGGACACUAAGAUACUGACCACAGUCUGAACACUAAACCGAGACAGCUUUAUUUUUAUUUUUAUUAAGUUAAAAUGGUACUUGCAGUCUAUGCAUACACUUUCCACAGUAUUAUAAGAGAUUAAAAUGAUCUCGGCUCCUAAAUUCUGAACUUCUGGCUUUUAAAGAUGCUUUUGGAAAAGAUUUGCUGGUUUCUUUCUUCCUGUCCUCUGUUGGUUUCUCCGUUGUGAUCGACGGGAGACGGAUCUCUGACGCUCGUCUUCUGAUGAUGGAGUGAAGGUUGAAGUCCCUCCAGGAUUAAAGAUGGCGUCUCUUUUAUUCUCCAUUCUCGCACCUUAUGAAUAUGAUACCUGUUCCACACACUCUCCUUUGGUUUACAGUGUAACCGUGUUUUUGAGUUGAACUCUUUCUCUCUACAUAUUCUGAUUCCAUUUGUGAUGUAAUUUGUAUCUGAAUGUCCAUAUAAACUGUUUUUUUAAAACAA